AUGCCUACUCCACGUAAUGGCGUUUACAUCGUUCUGGGAGAGAUGUCCCUCAUCACUUUUGCAAUACGUAGGAGUGCAAAGAUGUCUAGUCAUUCACAUCAGGACGAAGAUCACGAUCCAAUCAUGACCAAUUUUACACGAUUAAAACAAUUGUUGAUGACCGUAUCCGAACUGUCGCACGUUGAUGCAAAUACUUUUCUGAAUCCCUUCUUGGAUGUAAUUCGAUCGGAGGAUACAACUGGACCAAUUACUGGUUUAGCCCUCUCUUCCAUUAAUAAAAUAUUAUCUUAUGAACUGGUUAGUUUAUCUACUACCUCAGCUGCUUCUGCUGUUGAAAAUAUUGCUGAUGCCGUAACACACGCAAGAUUUGUUGGAACUGAUCCUGGCAGUGAUGAAGUUGUAUUAAUGAAAAUUUUACAAGUCUUAAGAACUCUACUUUCGAGUUCAGUAGGCAAUCUCAUGAGUAAUGAAUCAGUCUGUGAUAUUAUGCAGUCUUGCUUUAGAAUAUGUUUUGAAGUACGACUUAGUGAACUGUUACGAAGAACUGCUGAACAUGCACUCAUGGAUAUGACUCAAGUUUUAUUUUCAAGAUUACCACAAUUGAAAGAAACACAAGGUGGUAGUGCAUUAGCAAUAAAAAAGGUUAGCGUAAUAUCAACAUUAAUUCUUUAUUCUCUGUUGCAUAAAAGGCGCCGAGAAAGGAAAAUGAUAGGUGGCAGUCGCAAAUCUAAAAUAUCCCCAUCUAAUGUCUUGGCCAAUAAUGUUUCGUCUCAUAGUCCGACAAAUGUUAAUGCAGAUAAGCAAAGUUUAAAUCAACAGGAGCCAGUAAAAGUUACUGUGACUGGCAAUAUAGAAAAUCAAAAAAAUGUAAUUCAAUCAACGGAUAAAAGGAUAGCAAACGAAUGUGAAACAAACUCUCCUGAAGUAGAUUCAUUAAAAGUUUCUGAUCGAAGUAGCGAGUGCGAUACUAUCAGUAUGACAUCUGAAAUGGAACAAGAUAUUCAGGAUGAUAGCGAAAUGAUGAGUAAACGUGAUAUUGAUGAGCAGAGCGAUAAUUCUGAGCUAUCGCCGCAAAUACAAUCGGGAGCGGAAAUAAAUGAUAUAGCUUCAAAUUAUGAUAUAAAAAGAGAGAAAAAUUAUCUAGUCGAGCCAUAUGGAUUGCCUUGUGUGCGCGAAUUGUUACGAUUUUUAGUUUCUUUAAUAAACCCACGUGAUAGGCGUAACAUAGAAGGAAUGAUCCACAUGGGUUUGUCUCUUAUAACGAUGGCACUUGAAUCUGGAGCGACAUACAUUGGAAAUUCUCCUUCGUUGUUGGCAUUAAUUAAAGACGAAUUGUGCCGGUCCUUAUUUCUUCUCUUACAAAGAGAAAAUUUAUCUUUAUUCGCGUCGUCUUUGCGGGUAUGUUUCUUUCUAUUUGAAUCUAUGCGUGGCCACUUAAAAUUUCAACUCGAGGCUUUUGUAUUGAAACUUAUGGACUUAAUCUCUACUGACGCCGGACGUUACACAUAUGAAGUGAAAGAGUUAGCCCUUGAAAGUAUUGUACAGCUUUGCAGACUGCCAAACUUAGUUGCUGAAUUAUAUAUCAAUUUCGACUGUGAAACUUACAGCAGUAAUUUAUUUGAAGAGUUAAUAAAAUUGUUAUCCAAGCAUGUUUAUCCUACUGCUGGUUCAUACCUAGUACACAUUCUGGCCUUAGAAGCAUUGCUAUCUGUGAUAAAUAUUGUUGAAAAUCAUUGUAACACAAUUAAUGAGACAGGUGUAGUUGUAGCACAGAAGUCAGCCAUAGAAAAGGGUGAUGCGAAUGAAUCAGUAAAAGGUAAUGUCGCAAGUCAAGAUAGUAGUAUGCUUAAUGCAAGUUGUUACGACUUACCAUUGCCAAAAGAGCUUAUCCAAAUAAAGCAGAGGAAAAAGUUAAUGCAAGCGGCUACUGAACAGUUUAAUGUAAAGCCAAAGAAUGGGUUAAAAUUCAUGCAAGAACAUGGAUUAAUUAGUUCUCCUUUGCAAUCUACUGAAGUAGCAACCGUUUUACGAGAGAAUCGUCAUUUGAGCAAGAAGAUGAUUGGCGAUUAUAUUGGAGAUAGAAAAAAUCAAGUCAUCCUAGAUGCUUUUGUCAAAUCUUUUUCGUAUGAAAAUACCUUGAUUCAGGAUGCAUUACGAGCAUUUCUAGAAACUUUUCGAUUGCCUGGAGAAAGCCCCGUUAUAACUAGAAUAUUGGAAACUUUUACUAAUCAUUGGUAUGUUUGUGCGGGUGAGCCAUUUGGCAACAAAGAUGCCGCUUUCACACUUGCGUAUGCUAUUAUAAUGUUAAAUGUCGACCAGCAUAACGAAAACUUGAAGAAACAAGCAGCUAUGACUGUUGAAGAUUUUAAGCGUAAUUUACGUGGUGUUAACAACAACGCUGAUUUUCCUGAGGAUAUGUUAGAAGAAAUUUUUAUAUCUAUAAAGAACGAAGAAAUCGUUAUGCCUUCAGAACAAGUGGGACAGGUUCGUGACGACUAUAACUGGAAGAUGCUGCUUCAUAGAGGCGCGUCUAAGGAAGGAGUGUAUAAAUUUGUCACUGAUGGACGUUACGAUCAAGACUUAUUUCUUUUAAUUUGGGGUCCUACGGUAGCAGCCUUGUCUUAUAUUUUUGACAAUGCAUCAGAUGAAAUGAUAGUUCAAAAGGCUGUUAAUGGCUUUAGGCGAUGUGCUUUAAUAUCUUCAUUUUACGGUUUAACAAAGGUAUUUGAUAGCCUUGUCAUAUCACUAUGCAAGUCGACAUUGCUUAUGCAUACGCCUGAGAAAGUCGAUAGUAUAGCGAUUAUGUUUGGCUCUAAUUACAAAGCACAAUUGGCGGCUCGUACUGUUUUUUCGUUAUCGCAUCGAUUUGGUGACAUAUUACGCGAAGGUUGGGAAAAUAUAUUAAACUGUAUUUUGCAGUUAUAUCGCGCUCGCCUACUUCCGGCUCUUAUGGUUGAUGCUGAAGAUUUUCUCGAUCCAACAGGCUCCAUUUCUAUUAUGCCUGACGAAAUGGCUAAUACAAAAAGUGAUGGUUCUCUAUUGUCAUCAUUUUAUCAGUAUUUAUUAAACCCUGAUACUUCGAGUGGACGUAGCGAUAAACCUGAAGACAUUGAAGCCCAAGAAAGAGCCCAAGCUUGCAUUAAAGAGUGCCAUCCAGAAUUUCUUGUAACAGAAAGCAAAUUUUUAAGAAUUGAUUCUUUGCUCGAGCUAAUAAAAGCUCUCACUUUUGGUUCUCGUGGAGCAGCGGCGCAUGAAACAUUAGGCACUCAUUAUGAUGAAGAUGCAGCUGUUUUCUUUUUAGAAUUGCUAAUAAAAGUGGUUAUCCAAAACAGAGAUCGUAUUCAAUCAAUAUGGAAAGGAGUUAGGGAACAUUUAACAAACUUAAUUUUGUCCAGCCAGUAUAAUUUUUUAACAGAACGUGCUGUUGUUGGCAUGUUACGUCUUGGUAUGAGACUUUUGCGACGUGAGGAAAUGAUUAAUGAAACCAUUUCGUCUCUUCAAAUUUUAUUAUUAAUUAAGCCAAGCGUCUUAAGAUAUGUAUGCAAACAAAUUACAUUUGGUAUUUGCGAGUUGGUAAGAUCAAAUGUGACCAAUAUUACUUCAGUAAGCUGCUGGAAUACGUUGUUAUCCUUUCUUGAGGUAGCUGGGGCCGGUGCAAAGCCUCCAUCAGCUUCUCAAAUUAAAAGUUCGCCAUCGUUUGAUAACUCUGGAGGUUCCUUUGAAACUUUCGAAACGGAAAAAUUUGAUACUGGCAGUACUUAUUCGGUGGCUGAUUCAGAAUACUCGUCUACAUCGCAACCAAGUGUAUUUGGGGGUUCUUCUCAUUCUAUCUCUCAAAAUCUUUCAAUGUUCUCGUUGCCCUUUAGCACUGUAAAUAGCUCUCAAAUUACUGUCGCUGAAACUAGUAAUACCGGUGCUAGUACUAAUGCUUAUCAUGGACGAAACUUCUUUGUUGUUGUGAACAAGGACGGUUCUGAUAGUCAGUACAAUUUAUCGCUAAGUGAUGAAAUCAAUAAACAUGAUACCAGAUGCUUAACUAAAUCUUGUGAGACAUUAGGCUUUUUAAUUAGAGACUCUGCUCAUUUGACACCGACUAAUUUUCCUGGAUGUGUGCAUGGUUUAAGAGUUCUAGCACAAGCAACCGCCAAUGGCAGUGUAAACCGCUACAACGAUGGAUUAACUAGGCUCGAACCUACGCAUGAUAGGAAGAAUGUUAAAAGCUCGAAAUAUAAGCCUGCGAAACGUAGUAAAGAAUCUGGUAAUGCAAAAAAGCGUAUGCAAUCUUCCGAACUUAUACAGCAACACUCUACGUCAUUUGAUUCAACUUAUUCCGAACCUAAUAUCGAAGAUUGUUAUUAUGGUGUAUCAAUGCAAUUACUCGAUUUAAUGCAUACACUUCAUAUUAAGGCUUCUUCAGUGUAUGAGUCAGCUCAAGGUUCUUCACCUUCAGUUAAGAAAGCAAAUCAAACUCCGAUUAAGAUCAAUGCUCAUUUUCUGUGGACCAAUUGCUGGUGUCCUCUGCUACAAGGUAUGGCGGCGAUGUGUUUAGAUACUCGUAAAGAUGUUAGAAAUGCGGCAUUGACAAACUUGCAGAGAUCGCUACUUGUUCACGAUAUGCAGAAGUUGUCAGCACUGGAAUGGGAAGCUUGCUUUAAUCAGGUUCUAUUUCCGAUGUUAUCAAGUUUGAUCGGUAUUCCUAAUAAUGAUGCUUCUACUGCAUUUGUCAAUAUCGAAGAAACGCGUAUGAGGGCAGCUGCUCUAUUGUCAAAGGUAUUUUUACAACAUUUAACACAAUUGCUGACUUUGUCGACUUUUACUGCCCUUUGGCUGACAAUCCUCGACUUUAUGGAUAAAUGUAUGCAUGCAGAUAGUACUGGAUUACUUAGUGAAGCUAUCCCAGAAUCUCUAAAGAAUAUGUUACUAGUUAUGGUAACAGCCAGAAUAUUUGAUGAGGAUACUGAAACUUACGGCGACAAAGAAUUAUGGACAAUGACUUGGGAAAGGAUAAACUUAUUUUUACCUAAUUUGCAAGAGGAGCUUUUUGGUCAUACCAACCUAGAAACAAGAAACACAGUUAGCCAACCUGUUCGUUCGCAUUCGACUAACUUUGAAUCGACUGAUGAACAGGAAUCUACAAAACUUGAUGAAAAUGGUUAG